UUUGCCUGCCAUCCAAAAAUGGUCUCUAGCUUCAGGCGAAAAUUUGUCUUAUUCUGUUGAAAUUAAAUUUAAAAAGAAAACACCCAAAAGGAGGAAAUCGCACACAGAAAGAAAGCUCCACUUUUAGGCCGCCUGGCUCGGCUCUUUCUGGGUGGGUGAAGUGUUCGUUUUGCCACCAGCCAUUCGUGCUUCAUCACAUCAUUUUAUUCCAAGCUCCAUCCCGGCGUAGUCGCAAUCAAUUUCGUCGUUCCGUCGCGAAUUUUUCAAACACACAAAGUUAAAAGAAAAAUAUAUUAAUUGAAUUAAUUUUCUUAAUUCGGUUCGUGGAAAAUUGUGAGCUGAAAAAUCCCUCACAAAAAAAAACGAAGUGAAAAGUGGAAAAGUUUCCUUGAGGAGGAGGGCUCAUUUUAUUUAUGAGUCAAUAUCAUUGGAGAAAUAAAUAAAAAAAAAAUUAAAAAUAGUGGUGAAGUAAGAAGUGAAAAAUUUCAAAUAGGUGACACCGUAGAAGCAAGAAAAGAUACAAUCUGUGGUAAUAAUAAUUUAAAAUUCAUCAUGAGAGUGAAUCUUUAGUUUGCAAAGACACAUAUUACAAGGAUUUUAAUUAGAAAUUUAAAUUAAAAAUCUAUACUGGGUGGACAAAAAAAAACAUCGCACACGAAGCAUUAAAAUGUUCCGUGAGACGAUAUUCCUCUACUUUCUGGCUCUAUUGUGGGCCCCAAUGGCAUUGGCACACGAAGAGGUGCCCAUGAAUGCCACAGCGAAGCUCAACUUGAAGAAUGAUGAAUAUUUGACGGAGAAAAUAAUCCCAGACAUUCAGUUUGUGGUCCAGAAGCAGCUCAAUGAUAAAAAGUUUGAGACACUCAACAUGUUUCUGGUCAUUCUUAAGAAUUCAUUAAUUGAGAGUGGCUACCAAGUCACCAAGGAUGUACCAUUCACAAUAAUUGUGCCUAAGGUGGACACAAAGAGUGUCGAUAAGGAUCGUUUGAGGGAGUUUCUGUUGGAGCACAUAAUUCCCGGGAUAGCUUUCCAAACAUUUACAGAUGACGAUGUCUAUGGCAAUGGGAACUACCAUAAGCUUGCCUUUACGAAACUCCAGAAAGACGAUGAAAUGCAGUGGUUUAUAAAUGGUGUAAAAAUUCUGCGCAUGGAAAUAAUCAAUGAACGAAUGUCGGUGAUCUUCAUUGAUGGUUUUCUCGGUGAUAAGCGCAGCACAACGUACUCAAAGCGCAACAUUCAGGAAACUAAUCGCUACAACGAGCCACAACGCCUCGAAAUGAAGAAUACAACAAAGCACGAGGCAAUGGUGGCGAAAGAUAGUAAAAUCUCAUCAUUGAUGAAUUUCCUUAGUGGCAUGAAGACAGGCACCAAAGUAUUCCAGCACUUCCUGUCCAAGAGCAACUUAUCCUAUUAUCUAAAUGACGUGCACUACGUUGUCCUCAUUCCCACUGAUAAUGCAUUCCAGCGAUGGCAUCCAAUUGACUGGGGCUUCUACCCAUUCAGUGUGCACGAAUUCACCGAGAGCGUCUUGCGAAAUCACUUUAUUCAGCUGAAGACACCACUCCGCAUGGAAGACAUCAAACGCCUUAGUGAGGAACGUAAAUUCAAAACGCUCGGCGGGGAAACAGUUGUCUUCAGGAAUAUUCCAAGUCCCACCAUCAAUAAUGUGACAAUUUUAUCGGAUUUCUCCCUUGUGAAUGGGAAUCAAGUUUUUCUCAUUUCUGAGGUACUCUUUGUAUCCGAAGCCAUUGUCUCGCGUCUCCAUCAGAUGCAUAAAGAUAAGGAGACCCCACCGCUGUUGGCUUUUCCAUGGUUCGGUGCUCAAUUCCUAUCACACUCCUUCCUUGCUCUCGAACGUGAUAGUCGAUUUACUCAGAUCACGAGAUGGCUCAAUACAGCAGAAAUAGCACCCUUUGUAUCUGGCUCAAACUACACCUUCUUCGUCCCAAUGGACGCGGCCUUUGAGAAGAUCGGCUAUGACGUCCUCCCGGAUACAGUGCUGGCAUCCGAAGAGGGUAUCCGUAUGCUGCUGAAUCACUUUGUACGCGGCCGGCUGUAUGAUCGUGAUUUGAAGCAUGACGAAGUUUUCGAAACAGUGGGCGGUGGUGCAAUUCGCAUCGAACGAUCCCCAUUGGGCAAUGUAACCGUGAAUGGUGCCCACAUUAUUGAGAAAGAGCAUUUUGUAUACAAUCUCGGCACUAUGUUCUACAUCGAUAGCAUCUUGUACUGGGACCUUGUGCAGGGGAGUCUCACAUCAACAACCGACGCCCCAUUAACGUCUUCCACGCAGGAGGGGGAAGUUGAACGUACAACCACCAGCACGGUUGAGCUUGUGGAUGUGAAGCGAGAGAAGGAGGAUGAACCCAGCUUGGCGGAAGAUGAUCUUCUCUUUGACGAAGACAUAACACCACGAGCUCUUCCUGUUCGAUUUCAGGUAAAUUCACCGAAAUAAUUCACGCGCGCACCCAUUUUCUCUUUUUUUUUGUUCUCCAUCAUAACUCCACAAAUUACACCAAAAUCAAAAGAAAA